AUGUUUCGUCAAACAUAUCAAUCAGGUCUUUUAUCUAUACUCUCAAGUCAAGGAUCAAAGCCAUUUCAAACUUGGAUAUGUAAAGCAUCAAAUGGAUAUAUUAAACGAAUUACUGAUGACGAUACGAAUUCACUUGUACUUGAACUUAUUUCAAAUAAUGUUAGUGCAACUUAUGUGACAUGUCCAUGUUGUCCAUAUGACUCACUUGGUAUUAAAAUGCAAUAUUUAAAUUUAUAUGUAAAAAAUUUACGUCGCUAUUUUGUUAUGGAAAUCGAAGUUUUAGAUGGUAAAAAUAUGCAUCGACGUUUUAAAAUUUCAACAUUUGCAAGUAAAACUAAAAUUGGCCCAUUUGGUACGCAUUCACCAUUAAAUUGGAUUGAAGGCUGGAAUCGUUUAACACUUAAUCUUGAAUCAUUUACGAAAACAGUUUACGGAACAAAUUAUGUUGAAUGUCGACGAAUCACAAUUCAUGCAAAUUGUCGUAUUCGGCGUGUAUUUUUUGCUGAUCGAGAAUAUAAAGAAGAAGAAUUACCUUUAGAUUAUCAAAUUCGAUGUCAUAUUGAUAAGCUAAAACAUUCAGUACCUAAACAACGAAUGCUUCCAGUCAAUCGAUCAAAAAAUGAGCGAAAUCAAUUAAAAAAACUUCUUGCAACACCAUCAAAUUUAGCACACGUACAAAAUGAUUUAACGGAUUCUAAUAAGGAUGAAGUCAAAAAUCAAUUUGUCAACAUCGAAGAUAUACCAAGUACUGAACAAAUAAUUAAUGUUCCACAAGGUUCAAUGGCGUCGGAUGUUCAAAAAGUAGAAGACUUGAAUGAUACGGAUGGAAAUUCAGAUAUUGAACAAAUUCCUCCUAACCAACAAACAAUACAGGAAGGCGAAGAAGCGAACAUGAAUAAUCUGAGCAAUCUUAAUCUUGAUUUCGAACAGAAAUCUUUCGAUGAUAUAAAUGUAUCAUCGAAUGCUUAUCGUCAACGAUUCUUCGAUCUAUUUCAUCGACAAUAUCCCAAUUGA